CCCAGUUGCACUGGCAUGAGUCAACACCUUAACCAGAACGAGCCACAAACGACUCGGAGCCGUGCGGUAAGUUCCUGCGUUAUAUAUAUAUAUUUCACUCCCAUAUCUUGAUACCGAUUGUGCUCACUUUAUGUGAUGACCGGUCGUCUUGAUCUCUACAACUGCCGUCUCUGUUGUCUAUGGAAAUACUGCCAAGCCUAUACUUGCUGCGACAUGAUCCGCAGUGUGAGAAGCGGAUAUGUAUCAUUGGAGCGGGACCGGCAGGUCUUGCUGCUCUAAAAGUCAUAUCAGAGACCGCCUACUUCAAGUCAGGGAAAUGGUCGGUCAUCGCGUAUGAGACCCGGGAAAAGGUUGGGGGAGUAUGGCUGCCUGCCCCGCCGGUUGUUGACGCCUACAACGCUCUCAUGACGCCUCUUUACGACUCAUUAACCACGAAUGUGCCUCAUCCUAUAAUGGCAUAUACCAGCUACUCCUUUCCGCCAGAGACACCUUUGUUUCCGUCAGCACAUGUGGUGCAAACGUAUCUCGAGUCGUAUGCUGCAUACUUCAAUCUUAUGUCCCUCAUCAAGUUCGACACCACAGUAUUAGAUGCACGAUGGGAAUCAACGCAGUGGACAGUAACCCUUUCGGAUGGCGGACACUUUGCAUAUGACCACUUGAUCGUCGCAAAUGGACAUUAUCACUUACCCCGCGUGCCAGACGUGCCAGGGUUGACAGAUUGGAUGAAGAAUGGUAGAGCCUCUCACUCUGCGUGGUAUAGGAAAUCUAAUUUUCUUGGGGACAAAAUACUUGUUGUUGGAGGCGGACCUAGCGGUCAGGAUAUCGCUACCGAGAUGUGCACAGUUUCCUCAGUUGUUGUUCAUUCUGUCGAUGCCCCUGGCGUAAUGACGAAUGACGCUGGAAACCCUGUCCGGAGAGGUCGGCUUAUCGAACUCAAGGCUAACGGACAAGUAGUUUUUGACGAUGGCACGACGGAAGACAAUAUCGACCAUUGUAUUCUAGCAACCGGAUUCCACAUGCAUUUCCCCUUCUUUGAGGGAGCAGCCAUGAUCAACCAGAACAUACCACCGGACUUCCCUCCAUUACCUCCCGGCGAGCUUUUCAACUCAACCCACCACGUAUUUCCCCUUGCAAAGCAUUUAUUCCCGCUUCAAGCUCGAUAUCCUACCUCGUCCAUCGCCUUCAUGGGCCUCAUCACGAGGGUCGCGCAGUUUCCACUUAUGGAGGCUCAAGCGUAUGCGAUUGUGCGAGCGUUUUCCGACCCUGCAUCUCUAGAUCCCAUUACAGAAACCGUCGAUAUCAUUACUCGCGCUGACAAAAUUAGACGCACUGGUGCUUCAACACCUCUAGACAUCGCCAAAGCCUGGUUCCGAUUCGACAGGGAAGACCAAUGGAACUAUCGACAUGCGUUGUAUCAGUUUGCACAAGGCAUGGGGUCUGGGACUCCGCACAUUAAAGUCACAGAGUGGGAGAAAGAAUUAUACGAUUUGAAAACGGAAAUGAAGUCGGGAUGGAAAGAUUUGGAGAAGUCGGGGGAUUCAAGUGAGUGGUUGAGAGACGUCGGGAAGAAUGGGGUGCAGGAUUGGGUAGGGUUGAUGUAUCGUGUGGCGGAUUAUGCCAGGAGUCUUAAUAGCACUCGGCCUAAUGCUAAAUGA